AAAAAAAACUUAUCACCAGCCGAUGCAGCUCAGCUCACAAAAAAAAGGAAACAACUAAACAAACAGAUGCAAACGAAUCCCAAAGCAGAGCUUCCUCACCAUCCCUACCUUCAUCUGUGCUGCUCCCUCGCCCUCCCUCUCUCCCUCUACCUCUCUCUGUCUUUAAUUUGCUCCCUCGCUCUCUAUAUAAAGUCAGUUUGAUUGAGGAUCUUCUCUCUUCUGAGCUCAGCACCAGCCUCCCUCCUCACACACACGCACACUCAUGCUCACACACGCUCCCCGCAUGCUGCCGCCUGGACCCGUGAAACACUGUGCGCGGGACGCCUGUUACUCCGGAUUCUUAUGAGCCUUCGUUUUGAGUGUCCCCUCCUUCAGAGUGUGAGGGUGAGGGGCUCCCCAGCGGGUACGGCUCCAGGGACUCCAUCCUCAGAUCCGGUCCGAAGAGGGACUGGAAAAGGAGAAGGCGUGGGCAGCUAAGGCGCAUUGACAGCUGCAGCAGCUGGGACCAGGGCCACGCCGUAGCCGAGGCGGGCAGAGAGAAGCAGCAGUCUGGGUUCGGACUGGGCGGGGGUGUAAGCAUGCGCUGCUCCACUUUGAUCGGCAUCUUGACGGGGGUGCUUCUCUACUUGGUGCUGGGGGCCGUGGUGUUCCGCGCCCUGGAGGCCCCGAGCGAGGAGGAGACGCACUCGCAACUGCAGAGCAAGCGCCAGGAGUUCCUGAUGAACUUCUCCUGCGUCGACUCGGAGGAGCUCCAGUUGCUUAUAGAGAAGGUGGCGGAGACCGUCAGUGCCGGUGUGGAUGUCGAUGGCAACAGCACCUUUGUCAGCAAAUGGGAUCUGGCCAGUGCCUUUUUUUUCUCAGGGACAAUCAUCACAACCAUCGGUUUUGGAAACAUCUCCCCUAAGACAGAAGGAGGGCAGCUGUUCUGCAUUUGCUACGCCCUGGUGGGAAUCCCAAUGUUUGGUUUCCUGCUUGCUGGAGUCGGUGACCAUCUGGGUACUGGGUUGAGGAAAACUGUUGCCAAAAUAGAGACUCUCUUCCUGAAGUGGCGCGUUAGUCCCACCAUUGUGCGUGUGAUCUCAGCUGUCCUGUCCAUUCUGCUCGGCUGCGUGCUCUUCGUUGCAGUGCCUAUACUGGUUUUCCAAAGGGUGGAGGAGUGGACCUUUCUGGAGUCGGCCUACUUCGUGGUUAUCACUUUGACGACAGUGGGGUUUGGCGAUUAUGUGGCAGGGGAUUCUGGACAGGAAGGGAGUGACCACUGGUAUAAGCCUCUGGUGUGGUUCUGGAUCCUCCUGGGUCUUGCGUACUUUGCGUCUGUCCUGACAAUGAUUGGGAACUGGCUGCGGGUUCUGUCUAAGAAGACCAGGGCUGAGAUGGAGGAGCUGCGAGCCCACGCCACCGACUGGACUCAGAACAUCCAGAAUAUGUCGGUGGACUUUCGCAUCCCCGGAAAAAUUGAUGACCCGUUCAAGCGGCGUCGGAGGAAGCGCCGCCACGGCCCUCGCAGCCGUCCAACUGCCUCAGCUACGGAAGGGGGCCCUGAAAAUAAAGAAGAGCAGCAAGAGAGUCAAACAGAGUCUGGAUCGUACACCUCUUCCUCAUACACCUCUAACGAGUCCGGCUCUGGAUCAGAAACAGACUCUCAGGCCACUCAGACGGAACGGGUGCCUGAAGACAAAAACGCAGAGAAUAAAAAGGAAGAGGCUCCCCCUGAUCCCCAUCUGUCUCAGCCUCUGGACUACUUUGGGGAGAACCUUGCAUUUAUUGACGAGUCUUCGGACGCUCAGAGUGGCAAACUACAUCUGGAUCCUCUGCUAGAUCCAACGAAACCCAACGGUCGUCAGCCGAAGAGGAGGCGUCACAGAAAGCCCGUUCCACAGAGAAGCCCCAAAAUCAACAGAUCCAAUCCUACCAAGAAGUCGCCCAAUGGAAACCCCGAAUCAGUUCCAGACCUACCAGCGAAGCCUUAACAUUGAAUGUGAUUACAGAAACAAGCAUCAACCUGAGAGAGAAAUGUUGAGUAUCGUUGACAGAGGAGUUUCUCAGAGUAGAGUAUUUCUUUGUGUAUAUAUACUGCUUACUUGCAGACAGAUGAAAACAUGAUGCUGAAGCCUUAGCCACUUGUGGUUUGCAUUUGAUGCUCUUAGCAUGUGUGUAUGCCUCAGUCAAAGACAAUGAAGUGAUGAUUUUUAUGCCAAUGUUCCCUUUACUUGGUGAGGAGUUACUGCUCUCUACUGGGCCAAGAUAUGAAGUGCACUCUGCCAAAGUGAGAAUACCUGCUUUUUACUAAUCCAAACAGUGCAACUAAAACACACAUGGUCUUAACCUUGUCACAGCAGCGUGAGGCUCAUUGUGGUCUGAGAGAGCUACUCCUGAAUCCUGCCAACAAAUAAACAGGUACUAAACUUGCUCUUGUACAUUUUUUGGUAUUUAACAAAUUUAUUUUUAAUCCUAUGUCCUACCAUAGUGAUAGCAUUUUGAAACCCUAAUGCACUAAAUCCUACUGUAUUGCAUAUAAAUAUGUAAUAAAGAUUUUUUUUAAAAGGAAA